GAUGGAAUGUUUAUAUAAUACCUCUUAACCAAUUCAUGUUCUGUAUUAAAUGUGAAUAUAUUUCAUAAUUAAGUAUAAUAAUUUUUUUAUUGCUAUACAAAAUUUACCUAUUUCACCGAUUACUCAGAAAUAAUUUAAUAAUUUAUAAAACGAGAAACACUUAGCAGUUACUAAUCUAAAAAUAAAUUGGCAUAAAGCCUGUAUUAGAUGCAUUUUGGAUUCUUCUUAAAAAGCAUGUGUAACAUGUAAUUAUUACACUUUACACGAUUAAUGUUUUCCCAUAUUACGCAUUACAGCCUAAAUUAAUAAAUAUAUGUUAUCAACAAUAUUUAAAAACAACUAGUGUAUAAAUUUGUGUUUUAUGUGCUCCAUGUGUUUACUGUGUGAUUAAUGUGAAUUGAACUAGAAGGUCAUUGUUAUCUAAAUGAAUUACAUACUUAAAAAGUGUAUAUCUAUAAUUAAAUCAAAUGACAUAUACUUUUGUGGUAAUGUUGUUAGUAGCUGCAUUUUUGAAGGCGAACAGAAAUUAUUCAUGGUUUGAACUGGAAUCUAUGAUGGAAAACGUAAAUUCUUCUUCAUGUACUGCUGUUCCCGAUGUCUAUAUCUUUGAUUGUGAUAACGAAGCAGAACCAUAUUGGCAAAUGAUGGCCGAACUGUCGGACGGGUGUAGUAAUGAUGAUGGAUGCAUGGGUGGCAGUGAUUUGGAAGGAGAAGGGAAGCAAGUCUUGGUUGGGGUCUGUGCGAUGGCGAAAAAGUCGCAGAGUAAACCGAUGAAAGAAAUUUUGACACGAUUAGAAGAAUUUGAGUACAUUAAAAUAGUAGUAUUUCCUGAAGAAGUUAUAUUAAAGGAAUCUGUAGAAGAUUGGCCAAUUGUUGAUUGUUUAAUAAGUUUCCAUAGUAAAGGCUUUCCCCUUGACAAAGCUAUAAGUUAUGCUAAUCUUAGAAAUCCUUUCAUCAUUAAUAAUCUACCAAUGCAAUAUGAUAUUCAAGAUCGUAGAAGGGUCUAUGCUAUUUUAAGCAGUGAAGGUAUCGAAAUUCCAAGAUAUGCUGUUUUAGAUAGAGACUCGUCUGAUCCGAAACAUCAUGAACUGGUGGAGUCGGAGGAUCAUGUGGAGGUCAAUGGUGUGACAUUCAAUAAACCAUUUGUAGAAAAGCCAGUAUCUGCUGAAGACCAUAACAUUUAUAUUUAUUAUCCUACAUCUGCAGGAGGGGGCAGUCAGAGAUUAUUCAGAAAGAUUGGUAGUCGCAGUAGCGUAUAUUCGCCAGAGUCUCGAGUACGUAAAACAGGUUCUUACAUAUACGAAGAUUUCAUGCCCACCGAUGGGACAGAUGUUAAAGUUUACACAGUGGGACCUGAUUAUGCACAUGCAGAGGCACGAAAAAGUCCUGCGUUAGAUGGUAAAGUCGAGAGAGACUCAGAAGGAAAAGAAAUCCGGUAUCCUGUCAUAUUAAGCAAUGCUGAGAAAUUAAUAAGCAGGAAAGUAUGCUUGGCGUUCAAGCAAACAGUUUGUGGUUUCGACUUACUUAGAGCAAACGGCCAGUCGUUCGUCUGCGACGUGAAUGGUUUCAGUUUUGUAAAAAAUUCAAAUAAAUAUUACGACGAUUGUGCGAAGAUUUUGGGAAAUAUGAUCCUCAGAGAAUUAGCACCUACUUUGCAUAUUCCGUGGAGUGUUCCUUUUCAGUUGGACGAUCCGCCAAUUGUCCCUACUACAUUUGGGAAAAUGAUGGAGUUGCGUUGCGUUGUUGCUGUUAUAAGACACGGUGAUAGAACCCCGAAACAAAAAAUGAAAGUGGAAGUCCGUCAUCCGAAAUUCUUUGAAAUAUUUGCAAAAUACGAUGGUUAUAAACAUGGCCACAUCAAGUUAAAGCGGCCUAAACAAUUGCAAGAGAUAUUAGACACCGCUCGUAGUUUAUUAUCAGAGAUACAGCAUAGAGCUGCUGGACCAGAAUUGGAAGAGAAACAAGGGAAACUUGAACAAUUAAAAAGCGUUUUAGAAAUGUAUGGCCACUUCUCAGGGAUUAAUCGUAAGGUACAAAUGAAAUAUCAACCCAGGGGACGACCAAGGGGUAGUUCUUCGGAUGAUGGUACAAAAAAUCGACUAGGAGAGCCAUCGCUUGUAUUAAUCCUGAAAUGGGGUGGAGAGUUAACACCCGCUGGACGUAUUCAAGCGGAGGAAUUAGGAAGAAUAUUUCGCUGCAUGUACCCUGGUGGUCAAGGUAGACACCUUAGUGAGGAAGACUCAGAGAUGUUACCAAACCACGGUGAUUAUGCUGGUGCUCAAGGUUUAGGUUUGCUUCGACUUCAUUCAACUUUCCGGCAUGAUCUGAAAAUCUAUGCCAGCGACGAAGGCAGAGUUCAGAUGACUGCUGCAGCUUUUGCAAAAGGCUUACUAGCAUUGGAAGGCGAAUUAACCCCGAUAUUAGUACAAAUGGUCAAAAGUGCUAAUACCAAUGGUCUUUUGGAUAAUGAUUGUGAUAGCAGUAAAUAUCAAAACAUGGUGAAGACAAGACUGCACGAGUUAUUGCAACAGGAUAGAGAAUUUACUCGCGAAGAUAGGGAACAAAUAAAUCCUGGGAACGCAUUGAGUAUUAAUGCAGCCAUGGAUUUUGUUAAGAAUCCUGUCCGAUGUUGUCAGCAUGUACAUAUCUUAAUUCAGAAGUUGAUGGACAUUGUCAGGAUUAAAAAAGACGAUGCAAAGACGAAAGAUGCGAUUCUUUAUCAUGGUGAAACUUGGGAGUUAAUGGGUCGUCGAUGGGGAAAGAUCGAGAAGGAUUUUUGCACUAAGAACAAGAGAUUCGAUAUAUCAAAAAUCCCUGAUAUUUACGAUUGCAUUAAAUAUGAUUUGCAACAUAACAAUCAUACGUUGCAAUUCGAACAUGCAGAAGAAUUAUAUAUUUAUUCGAAAUAUUUGGCAGACAUUGUCAUACCACAGGAAUACGGUUUAACGGUGCAAGAGAAGCUAACUAUAGGACAAGGUAUUUGCACUCCGCUUUUGAAAAAGAUUAGAGCUGACUUGCAAAGAAAUAUUGAAGAGUCUGGAGAAGAAACGGUCAAUCGACUCAAUCCAAGAUACUCUCACGGAGUCUCGAGUCCUGGUCGACACGUACGCACAAGAUUAUACUUUACGAGUGAAAGUCAUGUACACUCUUUACUGACAGUAUUACGUUACGGUGGUUUACUCGAUGUAGUAAAAGACGAGCAAUGGCGUCGCGCAAUGGAGUACGUUAGCAUGGUCUCUGAAUUGAACUACAUGUCACAAAUUGUAGUCAUGUUAUACGAAGAUCCAACCAAAGACCCCAGCAGCGAAGAACGUUUCCAUGUCGAGUUGCAUUUUAGUCCUGGCGUGAACUGCUGCGUACAAAAAAAUUUACCACCAGGACCAGGUUUCAGACCUCAUUCACGGAAUGAAAGUAGUCAUAAUAUUGGUGAAAGUGGUGGUGGUUCCACUCAAGAUACGAUUUCUCAGUGCAGUGCACGAAUAGAGGAAGAAGAUGUGGAAUUUGCAAUUUCAGAUGAUGAUUUUAUGAAUCCACCAGUCCAAUCCGAUACUCCGCCACCUAUGAUAGAAACUGAUGCAGUAGAUUCAAUGAUGGACAGUCCAACAACCAGCAGAGCUGUUGAUAUGAUGGAUUUGGAUCCUAAUAUGAUGGAUGAACCUUUCGAUAGUGGUUUCUUACAGAGUUCUGCGCCAAUUCCAAUCAGUGCUAGAACAGUAGCUGGACACGAGGCUGCUAGACUCGGAAGCCAAUUGGCUGCUAGCCAACGUCAACGACGCGAUGCAGAAAGAGGUGGAAUCGUUGAACCACGUGCACGUAGUUAUGACCAUCAAAGACAAGAUAAACCUGAGAAAGCUGCGGACAAGCUGCAGUAUCAGAGCUUGGACGCGGUCAACAAAGAAGAAAAGAAGCAUGCAACAAAGUGCCAAGUAGAGAUGUCUAGCCAGGCUUUGCUGCACGUGCCUAUGGGGAAGGUGGCUUUGUCGCACUCCUUCAGUUCACCGGAGUUACCUGUUCCUUCAGUCGAAACCUCCACUUCAACACCCUUGGUGACAUUACACAAUACCCCUUUAGUUUCACCGAACAGCAGGACUUCGGGUAUCAUGAACAUCGUAGUUCCGGUUCCCACGAUUCGUCUCUCGGCAUAUCUCCCUACCGAUUCCGAGGAAGCUGAUCCUCAUCUGCGCUUUCGAAGUAAGAAAUACGGACGUUCCCAUGCAAACGCUACUCUUCCCUGCAUCUCGUGUGAGUUGAACAGUUCUAUGAAACCGGCGUAUGACGAUUCAUGGAGAAAAUCUUCCCAUUUGUUCCAUCGUGAACGAGUUUCAGGGUUGACAAGUGCUCAGAUCCGAUUGCAGAAGCAAUCUUGUUCAUUGUCCGUCCAUCAACCCAGAUGUCUUUGUUAUAAUUGUAACGUGUCAGAGCUAAUUCUACGGAGUAGGGAACUUCCGCCUGUAGAACGUUCUAACUUUGAUACCUAUUUCGCUCGUUCGUUAUCUCAUAAGUUUUUUAAUUGUUCUUGUUAUUUAAGUCUGUAUCAGGAAGAGUGUGAUCGUUCCUCUUGCAGUGCCUCGUAUGCGAAUAGUUGUGGGAAUACGAAAGAGUUUCAUCGAUUAGUCAAUCUUGAUCCAGAAUUUGGCUUAUCCGUUAGGUCUCCAAGAGGACAGUGCUUGACAUCUCUUAGUUAUUCUAUGUUAACGUCUGGUCAACCUUCUGUGCGUAAACAUCCAGCGCCUCAGGAAAGACAGAAGUGGAGGUUCGACAAGGAAGAUGUUAGACAGAUAUGUGGCAAUGGUUCUACUCUUGAGAAAGUUCGCCGAUCAACUGGAACAAUGUCGUGUCCAAAUUUAAGUAACCUUUUAUCCGGUGAUUCAUUGUAUUUGACUGAACACUUUUCAACCAGUGGUUCUUUAACGCGCAGGUGUAGGUCUUGCACAAAUUUGAAUCUCCAUUGGCACAGUAACCUGGUAGAUGUAUCUGAUCAUAACAGUAUGCUUUAUCAUUUGUCCUUUAUGCACAAUAAUGAUGUUCGCGACAAUCAUGAUAUUCCAUGUGAGUCUAACCAUCGUUCCAAGUGUCCACGUGUACCAUUUUCCCGACUCCAGCCUCAGAGAUCCUUCUCAUCUCCAGACACACGACCUUCGAUCAUUCAACCUGACCCUACCUGCACAGCAAGGCGCCACCGUCACAGUAUCUCCGGACAGAUGAGUUAUUUCAAGCUGUUGGGCUACAACAUCAACAAGAAAUUGACAGGAUCAGCCAACAGUUUAUUCAGUACAGCAGUUAUCAGUGGAUCCUCGAGUGCUCCUAAUUUGAAGGAUAUGGUACCUCCCCAUGCAUCUGCAGUUGCUGCAAUAGAAGGUUUCGGUGGUGUACCACCUAUAAGACCUUUGGAGACGCUUCACAACGCAUUGUCUCUUCGCCAAUUGGAUUCUUUCUUGGAAAUGAUGACCAGUGCUCCUCUAUUUCGAACACCAGCCUCUUCACCUCCAAAAUAUCCAUCACCGGGUGGAUCGACUCAUGAAUCUGUUAAUCAGAAUCUCAGUAUUGGAGGAAUCAGUCGCGAGUACCACUCUUCCGACUUGGAAGCUGUCAGGUACCGUAAGAAAUUAACUAAACCACCUUUGUACAUCACUCCAACUCCGAUACAAUACAAAUCUUCAAACGAUGGGGAACCAUGCGAUAUAAGAAGCCAACUAUCGCCAACUAGUCCCAACAGUACUGGUUGGAGUAGUGAACCACAAUCAUUUAUAUCAUCUGAACCAUCAUCCCCUGCUCCAACUUCUGCAGGAGAAUGUAGUAUGUCUAUAAGUUUAAUUAGCAACGAGGGAGUACAAUCUUCCAACAGGGGUCCCAAACUUCCUACAACUCCUUGUCUAGAUGUGGAUUUCAACGAAUUUUGUAUGAAUAUUGAUCAAGAACACAGAGAAAGCCGUGGUAGCGUGUCAUACACGGAUUAUUACAGUAGUGAAGAUGGGCAGAUUCGAAAGUGCAAUUUUGGGUCAGGCUUCGGCAGUAACUUACAAAAAAUUAUAUGCACCGAUGAUCUUCCUAUCGAAAACAUGGAUGACGACGAGAAUCGUACAAUAACGUUGAAGCAAAUUGAAGAGCAAAGGAAACAGGAUGUUAAACUAAUAUUUGAGCAACAGGAGAGUUCGAGCACAAAAGCUAGUACCAGUUGCAAAAAAAUUGGAAGAUUUCUGGUUGAGAGUAUGGAUAUAACAGAUGAAGACGUCAGGAUCAAAGAAACAGACGUUUCCGACAAAAGAAAGCCACCUAGCUCUCAAAAAGCUGAUUCCAAUACAGAGAAAUUUUAUAGAAGUAAAGAUACCAACGUUGAAAAGAGUCAUUCCUCUAGUACUUACAAGAGAAAGAACUUUUCUCGAUCACAGAGCGUUUCUACCCCAAAGUCAGUUGUUCCAAAGGCCGAGACUAACUUAAGUUAUAAAUGUAUGUCAAAAUUAAGUUCUUUAUCGAACAUGUCGGACAAAGAUUUGGAAGAUUGGAAGCAGAUAUUGGUGGACACAAAGCCUUCCACCUCGCCUUCAGCAAAUUUGGAAGAGCCAAUUCUGACUGUGGCAAGCAGUUUGACAAAUAGUUCUAGCGUGACUAUAGGUUUCAACGUCCACGAAGAAAACAAAGAAUAACUUUACUUUGAAUAGUAUUACUUCAUUCAAAAGUAGUGCCUUAUUAUUAGAAAGCUAUCUUAGACAGAUGGCGAUAGAUAUAAUUUUUGCAUAUAGUUUUGAACAGAUGUUGCUUCGUAUUCAUAUAUAUCUGCAUAUAGAAUCAGCAAGUAUCAGGAAGAUAAAUAAAAAAUUAUAUUACGUGUAUAAUGGAUCAACAAUAUAGAUUCUGCGCAACUUGUUCAUUUUAUUUGCGAGGGACAAAAUCGUUGUUCAGCAUUGUAUUAUUAGAUGAAUUUUAAUAUUUUAAUUCUCAACUACAUUCUUUUAAUCUUAGUUAUUUAAACAUAGGAACUUUCUAUUAAUACUUUAAAAAAAUGUUAUAAUUUAAAUUGCUGAUUUAAAGAAAGUAUUCAAACUAAUUGAAUAAUUAUAACAUUCCUCCUUCCGACUAUUCAAACCAGUACUUACAAUAUUAUAAGGGAAUUAAUUUUCUUUAAACGAUGUUCGUGUAUACUAUGAUUGUAUUUUUAUAGAUGAAUUAGGUGCAAUGUUCAUACUGUAUUAAAAGAGGAGGCAAGGAGAAACGUUUAUUUAAUUAAACGUUAGAAUAGAGUUGAACUAACUGACAGUUCUUGUAAUUUGUCAAAAUGAAAAGAUACCUCAUUUGUAUAAUCAAAGCGGAGAAUAGCAGAGAUACAUACGUCUACACCGUUUUAUUUCUUGUUGCAACUUAAUAUUCAUUUUGUAUUUAUUUUAUAUGUAAUUAAAUUGAGACAUACUCUAGAUAAAUUACCGUGAAUGUACAAACACUAAGAAUUACGAAGUAUUUGAACAUAUAUAUAUGUAUAAAUAUACACACUGUCUACGUAGCAAUUGUUCUAUAAUCUGCAUUCGUUUCGGUGUAAAUACAUUACAAAAUUAUCCAAAGAAAUAGAAGAUAUAUGCUAUUUUUCUUAUGGACAUAUUGAAAAAUAGUUAAAAGUUGCAGAGAUAUAUGUAAUUGUAAUCUUGAAGUGAUCGGAUAUUUAAGGUGCUACAUAAAUUGAAUUUAUUAUGUUCCUAUUUCACUUCAUAUUCGUAGCAGAGAUAAUAGAAUUAAUGCAUGUACGCGUAUAGAUUGCUUCACCUAAUUUCAUAGCUUGAAAUAUAUUCUUCGUCGUUCAAUCAAUAAAAGAGAAACAAAAAUCUGUUUAGUAACUUGACCAAAGACACUGCUUCUUCUCAUUUAUAAGAGACACCUAACUCUUCGAUUCCAACAAGGAACAAAUUCUUUAGGAAAAUAAUAUUAAGUGAAGCAUUCUAUAUCUUUGUAAUUAAACGAUGUGGAAUUGAGAUUGUUAUUUUAAUUCAUUGACGAGCACGUACCCGGCGGUUUUACUGAGUAAACCAUGUUUGUGCGAAAUAUUGUUUUGAUCAGAAAUUGGAGUAAUUACUUAUUUUCGUGCAUCUUUUUUUUUACAAAUUCAAUUAAAUACAAUGUUUAUUUUAUUUUCAUAUUUAAUACUACCAAUUCUUUUGAUAAAAGUUAUUUACAAAAUACUUUUCCAAAAGUUCUGAUAUUAAAACACUUCUCAAGAAUUGACAAUUACUAUUUUAGUUACUUAAAAAGUACAUGCAAAUAAUUUGAAAAAAAUUAAUGUUAUAUAUUUAUUACACUUUAAAUAAAUUGUGGGGAAAUGAAUUAUGUUUGAAAAAUGUUCAGAAUAGAUGUAUCAGUGUA